AUGAACGUUUCGUCCAGCAAAGUUAACGUUGCAGGUCAUGCUUCACCCUUCUACCAGUCUGAUAAAAGGCACGUAUGCGUAUGUCCCAGUUGUUCAUACAGUGUAAGACAUCAAAGCAUGUUAUCACUUCUAUUCUUCUGGGGUUUCAUACUUCCCAUUUGUUGGCUUAUCAAUCUUGGAUUGUUCAUAUAUGCCCAAUACUGUCUCAAGCAUAAGGUACAAUUCUCAAGUGUUGCUGAGGACGAGUUCCCAACAGCAUACGAGCUUAACGUUUACAGGUCCAAAAUGGUGGUAGCAAACACCGGUCUAGCAGUGCUCAACAAUGACAUUAAACAUCAAAAUACAGACAGAAAUUCAGCAGAGUCGAUUUCUUUGCCUGAGCUGGAGCCAGCAAGUACACAUUGUGACAGUUCCAUUUCUGAUCUGAAUAGCCCAAGUACAUUUCGAACUUCACUUGCCAAUCAUUGUCCAAAUAUCAUAAGGAUCUGUGAUUCAAGUGACCUCAUUGAUCCUGUAUCUAACGAUAUGAGUGCAAGCUCCAUUGACUUAUAUCAUAGUUCUCGCUUGGACUUUUUGACCAAUAUGUCGACAGACGUAAUCGACUUUCAUCACUCCAUGCGAAAAAAGUAUCACACAUGGGCAGGUCGCACAUUACUCUCCUUAGCCGGUUUCCUGGUCAUCCUGCUGAUCGGUAUAGUCGGGGUAGGACGAAAUAGCUCCUCUUCGAACUUCUUGGCUCCAGAAUGGCGCAGUUCCUCGAAAUAA